UAGACGUCAACGGCAAGUAGUUUUGUCCCAUGCAGGUAUCCGUAGGUACAGGAAGUGGCUCCGUUUGUCGUUCAGCGAUCAACCACCUCCUCGUUCUCAGCGUCAGCUAAUUUAAAAAAAAGAAGUUCUUAGGUCUCAAGGUGCCGAUGGGGGACAUUCGUCAGUCGUUGCUGCCCCGGGAUGUGCUCAGUGCGGCCAAGGAGCUGCUGUACCACCUGGACAUCUACAUCUGUAACCUGGUGCAGUCCGGGAGGCAGCCUCCUCAGGUCGACGCCAAGACCCUGGAGCUGGUCGAGGAGUUCAUCCUGCACGCACCCAAGGACAGAAACACCCCCGGCAGGAGAAUGAGUGCUCUGCAGGAGCUACAGCUGUUGGAGAUCAUGUGCAGCUGUUUUCAGGAGCAGAGUCGGGACACUGUUCGUCAGCUCAUGUUCUCCGCCCUCUUCAGUCUCCAGGGCAACCAGGCAGACGAAAGCCGCAUGGCACUGUUAGGCAAGUUGGUCUCCAUGGCGGUCGCUGUGGGCAGGAACCCUAUCUUGGAAUGCGCUGCCACCUGGCUACAGAGAACCCACCGCGUGUACUGCGUACGUCUGGCGCAGGUGCUGGUGGACGACUACUGCAGUAUGGUGCCAGGCUCAGUCCCCACCCUUCAGAACAUCCACGGCGCCAGCCCGCGCUUCUGCUGCCAGUUCAUCACUGCUGUCACCACCCUCUAUGACCUCACCUCAGAGGAGCUCACCCCUCCGCUGGAACUCCUCCAGAUGAUUGUGUCGUGGAUCCAAGAUGACCCUCGCCUGGUCCUGAUCACCUUCCUGAAUACGCCCCUGUCUGGCAGCCAGCCAAUUAGCUCGCUUGACAUCACACCAUUGGGGGGGUUGAUGCGUUGGUGUGUCAAGGCGCCGCUGGCUUACAGGAGAGAAAAGAAGCAGGCCCUCACUAAUGGCAGCGCCGAGAAUGAGCAGGAGGCGGGGCCUCUUCUCUCUGCACUUCAUCUUAGUGUUUUACAGGUCUUCAUGCUCCUGCCAAAUAUACUAAACGAGAAGGGGCUUUUCGGCCGCCUCGCGCUGCUCCAGUUGGAGUCCUUGGCUGCGCUGACCUCUGACCUUUCCAGACUGUUGGACCAGGCCGACAAACAUACACACACAUCAUCCGCAGACACACAGGCCUUGUCCCAGCUGACCCUGGACCGGCUGGCACAGGCCCUGCAGGUGGCCAUGGCCAACGGAGCCCUGCUCUGUUCCAGAGAGGAUCUGAGAGCCAUCUGUUCCCGCCUCCCCCACAACAAUUUGCUCCAGUUGGUGUUGUCAGGCCCGGUGAUGUACUACAACAACAUCCACACCCCUCCGCUGGCCUUCAGCCCGCAUGCAGCUCACUCCCCCAUCGCCUCGCACCCCACACACCCGGCACACACCCCACACACGCCUCUUGCCACCCACCCCUCCUCUCACCCUCAGUACCCCGGUCAGCCUUUCAUGACGGGGAUGCCCUUCCCCUUCCGGCCCAGCCACUAGAAGGAACCAUGUGCAUCUCGUUUGCAGAAGCAGUGGGCGUGAGUGUUGAUUUUGGGUAAUGACUGUUGUUGUCCUCUUGUUGACAUGUAUGAAUUAAUGUGUGAAUGAGAAUUAUGCGUUAUGAUGUUACUAAUCUUAUUUGUGUCCGAGAAAGUCGGCGAGGCUGGCGUGUUUGUCCAAUAAAUAUUUUUUUACUUGA